AUGGCGGAACAGGACGACACUAAGGUAAUGAACAGUAAAAUAACAUCAUGUUCAGUACGGUACAAUCAUAAAUGUCUAAUGUCUUUUUAAAGACUUAUCUAUGCAGUUAUUUGGAAGGCAAAUGAGGAAUAACAGCCUUUUUGUUUUAGCGUCCAGAGGAUGAUCUGUCGCCUGACAUCAAGGACUGGAGUAAACAGCAAGUGAGGGAAUGGACUCUCAAGUUAGAUGGUGUGGACGACAGUGUUGCACAAAUACUCUUUGGGCAGGACAUUAACGGACAUAGUCUUUUGCUUAUAGAUGCAUCAGACUUAAGGUCAAUGGGUGUGACAUUUGGACCUGCAAAGCUCAUCAUCCAUGCAAGAGAUGAGGUUGUAAGAUUAACAAAGGAGAACCCAACGAUCUCUACCAAUCAGGCUGGAGGACCAUGCAAACCUUACCCCUUUUGUCGUUUCCAUGACACACAUAGAUACAUGGAGAACAGCAUUCUUGACAUUACAGAAUCUGGUGCCUCAGACUUAAUCGAACCCUGCCAUGAGUACAAGGCUUUUAUCCAUGUAACAGAAGAAACUAAAAUGAGCAGAUUCACUUAUGAGGUUAUUCGCUUUGCUUCUGCCUGCAUGAAUAGCCGCACCAAUGGCACCAUCCAUUUUGGAAUCGGUGACAAGCCAGAAUUCAGCCAUGGCCAAGUGCUGGGGGUCCCAGUCGAGGACAAAGAAGCUUUUGCUAACGAGCUUAAACAUGCCAUUGAUGUUUGUUUUGAGCAUAAACACAAACACACUGCCAACACUUGCAUCAAACCUCCUCGAUUUGUCGGCGUUCUCAAUAAGAACUGGACAUCAUCGGACAAAUACGUGAUAGAAGUGGACAUUGUCCCUGACUCUACAAUCUGUGAAGAAAACUUUUACCACAUAGACACAAAAAAGGCCAAGAAAAAAGGUAAGGAAAUGGCCGAUGCUGAAACAAAAUCAAAGCAAUUCUUUGUCCGAGAUGGGGGCAGCAGCAGAGAUCUCCUGACCAGAACCACAUUCGCCAAACCUAUGGAAGAGUACAACAAUUUUCUAGCAAGGUUGGCCCAACUAUCUCAACUCAGAAAAGAAGCAGAAGAGAAGCACCUGAAUGUGAUAAAGAGCAGCACUCAAGGCUCUAGACUGAGUCAUAUGAUAACUGGUGGAACACUCUCUUUGGACAAGUCACAUUUUGAGCGGUAUGUGAUAGUGACAAACAAGUCACAUCCUGUCCAGUUUGAAUCACUUGGAUUCCUUGUUGAACUCAACCCGACAGCUGUUCUAGACUUCGAUCCAGAUUCAGCCAAGCAUGGUUUACAGGGGCAUUAUGAGAAGCAGAGCACUAUAAAUGUCCAUCUACCUAAAAAGUACAAAUUUACAAAAGGAGUUCAGGACAUCGCUGAAGACUUAAAGUUAACCAGAGGAACCAGCUGGGUAUCCUGCAAUGGAGGUACUGAAGAGGAGAUCCCAUCAGUCAUAGACCAGUGGUUGAAGGAAAAGGGAGCAUCUGUCAGAGACGUGGUUUCAUUCUUGUGCCGAAAAGAGGUGCUACCAAACCAGAGAUUUCUUGUCAUUUUCUUACUCUUGUCUACAGUGAAUGAGAAGAUGGACCCCCUCCUUGAGACUUUCAUUACAUUCUACCAAGAGCUCAGAGGCAUGGAGCAAAUCUUGUGCUUGUGUGAACAUGAAAAAGCAUUUACCUCCUGGAGAGACCUGAUCGAGGCUCGAUGUGGUAUUGACAUCUCUGGUCGAUGCAUAUAUGAGCUGAGUUUUGCUGAGGUCAAUGGCACUGUCCUUAGCCUUUUGUCCCAAAACCGUAAAUCAAGCCGUUUCCUACCCUGCGGUGGGGAAAGCAAAGUGCUUCUUGAGAGGAAAGUGGAGCGCAGCAUGGAUACCCUGGAGAUUCUGUGUGUGAACCAGUGUGAGGGUGGAAAUGAGGACAAACUUCAAAUUGAGAAGAACUUCUACAAAGGGGGAAAAGUAUCCUGGUGGAAUUUCUACUUCUCAGGAGAACCUGGAUCCACACCCUUCAUCAAACGAGACAUGUUUGAUUACAUUAUUAACACAGUCAUUCCAGAUCUGUGCUCCCUGACCAAAGCCUGCGUGGUGUUUCACCUCAUGCAUGUACCUGGGUGUGGUGGGACAACUUUGGCCAUGCAUACCCUAUGGGCUCUCCGCCACAGAUUCCGUUGUGCGGUCCUCAAAAACAACAAGGCUGAAUCUACUCAAGUAGCUGAUCAAGUGGUCAAACUUUUGACAAAUGACCUUAAGGAGCAGGUCCCACGGGUUCCUGUUUUGAUGAUGGUGGAUGACUUUGAUGACAAAGAAAGAGUGUUUGAGUUGCGGCAGUUCAUUGAAAAAGAAUGUGCAAAGAAAGACAUCCGGUCCAAGACUCCACAAGUGAUUCUUCUGAACUGUAUGCGGUCAGACUCCUCUGUACCGGCUGAACAAACUGAAACAAACACAGUUUUCAUUGGCAACAAUCUCUCUGAUAAGGAGCAGCGACUGUUUGAGGACAAACUUGUGGAAAUCGAAAAAAGACACAAGAAUGCUGAAACAUUUUAUGGAUUCAUGAUCAUGAAAACAAACUUCAAGGAUGAGUAUGUAAAAGGUGUGGCCCGCAACACCUUAAAGAGCUUCAAUAUGAAUCAAAAGCAUGCACAACUCCUGGCUGUCCUGGUUUUGCUUGACGUUUACUGCAAGGGUUCCUCUCUCUCCAUCUCCCUCUGUGAGGAAUUUCUGGGGCUCAAACCUAAACCAGUCUGUGGUUCUGUCAAAGUCGAAGGAGGAUUUGGGAAGUUUGCUCCUUUGAUUACCAGAUGCUUAGUUGAGGAUAAGGUGGUUUUCGAAGGUGUCAGAAUGAUCCAUUCAAGUAUUGCACGGCACUGCCUGCAGGAACUUACAAAGACACACAAAGUGAGCAAGGCUGAGAUCACUGACUUCCUGCUGACCACAAACACACUCUAUGAGAGCACACAAGGCACUGACAAGCUCUUGCAAGAUGUUCGCCAGAUUUUGGUGAAGAGAUAUCAUUCUGUGGAGGAAGAAUCUCAAUUUUCCCCACUAAUUCAAGAAAUUGCAGAUGAAACCCCAGGACAGGAAGAGAUGGUGCUGCAAAAUGCAUCAAAGCUAUUUAAGGAAGAUGCCAUCAUCUUUCAGUUACUGGCCAGGUACUACUACCUGAAAAAGAGGGACUUCUCAGAGGCAAAAGACUGGGCAAAAGGAGCAAGAGAGCUUUCCAAAGACAGUUCAUACAUCGCUGACACAUCAGCACAAGUCCUCAAACAUGAGCUGAAGGAUGCCAUCGCAAAGUACAAAGGGGAACCAAUAGGACCUGAAAAACUGGGAAUGCUCCUCAAAAUGGCUCAGUCUGCAAUAGAUGCCUUCAAGGAAGCACAGAACCUUGCAAAAAAGGAGUCCGUCCAGAGAUUGAACAUCAAGAAAGACAACUGCCCCUUUAAUGUGUCGGGAUGUCUUGGAGAAAUUCAAGCUGGAGUCCUUCUCAUUGAGGUGCUGAUGAAGACCCCCAUUUUUUCAUCUGACAAUGUCCGCCAUGACAUUUUGAGUGAAGUUCUCUCAGGAAGUGUUGAACUUAAGAAGGUAGAAAGCCACGACAAAUGGCUUAGCAAACACAAACAAUACUACUUAAUCCUGAGAGACUUUGAGGAUAUACUUUACAACCUCAAGUACCGGAUGAAGGUGAACUUCGAGCUCCUUGAAAAUUUUUAUGUGAACCUGGGCUCCAGAUUUGGAAUGAAGGACAGUCGUGAACAGCGAAUCCAAAAUGAGCUUUGCAGAUGUUUCGAUCAGUACGCAAAGCUUUUCUGCCAGACAGAUUCUCUUUGGAAGAAGAAGGAGAACUUACCGAUCCUGCUCAAACUGCACUUGGCAAGACAGUUUCUGGAGAUGACAAAAGCUGAUACCUAUUAUGGGAUUUUGAACUUUCUCUCAAAUGUCAGCUCCUCUGCAAGAGUUGAGAAUAUUGCCAAACAUUAUGAUUUUGUUUGCCAACAUAAUCCCAUGUGGACUGUGAAGGAGAGAAUCAACCAUCUCUUCGUCAACGUUGUGUUGAGCCAUGUCAAACUUGGGUCACGUCUCCUUCUUCCGUAUGAGACACUUGUCCAUUGCCUUCGGCAAAUCCUGCGUGAACAGAUCCCUCUGAACGAGAAUCUACCUUUGUACUUCAUUGCAGUUGUGCUAUUGUGGCCGCAUCAGAACCUGAGCUUUCCAGAAUGCAUGGGUCUGGGAAGGUACAUCUCACAGAUGAGAACUGCUUAUCACUUAGUGAUGAAAGAAGUAAUGAAUGGAAAACGGCCCAUCCUCCAUUUCUUCCUGGGGAAGAAACAGGGUUAUGAACGACUCGUGCACCUUGAUGAAAUCAGAAAGUGUGUGACAGUUGAGCAGGAUCAGUUUGCCUCUGUUUGGGAAAAUGGCAAAAUAUGGAAAGAGAAGAAGGUGGAGGAGCUCCUCUGCAGGGCCACCGGGGAGGUGAAGGGUGAACUGAUACUGGUCGACACUUGUAUUCCAACCCUGAAAGUGGAAAUCUAUCCGGUGUUUAAAACCGAGCUGAAAGGACUUCCUCAGGGGUCAAAAGUUUCAUUCUUCAUUGGUUUCUCAAUGAAAGGCCCUGUUGCUCUUGACGUUAACUCAACCCAACAGUAG